UCAUGUUUUUCACUGUGUCAUCGUCAACAGCUUUUUGUUUGUUUAAUUUUUUGGUCACUAAACAUUGAAUCCGAUUGUCGAUCAAGAUGUCAUCAUUUUUUGGACGAUUUCUCACCAUUCUUGGUCUAAAACGUCGUGAAGCAAAUGUUUUGGUUGUCGGCCUAGAUAACUCGGGAAAAUCUACCAUAUUGAAUUAUUUGAAACGUAAAGAAGAUCAAGUAGAAGAGAUUGUACCGACUGUUGGCUAUACUGUCGAACGUUUAUCCGGCAUAGAACGUAAUCGCUCGGGUAUUGCAUUGACAGCGUUCGAUAUGUCUGGCCAGGGUCGUUAUCGUAAUCUUUGGGAACAUUAUUAUGAUAGUGUUGAAGGUAUUAUUUUUGUUGUCGAUUCAACCGAUGCCUUACGAUUAGUCGUUGCUCGUGAUGAAUUGGAAAUGUUGCUCAAACAUCAGCAAGUUGUUUUGGAUAAUAAAAGUCGAAUGAAUGAUAAACAAAAUGGUGUACAUGAUGAUGGUCAUGAUGAAUCUAACAAGAAUGGUCCUAAUCAUGAGGAUUUAUCAACAGAUAUGAAUCAAUCAAUCAAUAAUGACCGAUCGACAUCAUCGAAACAGGAUAUUCCUAUUUUGUUUUUUGCUAAUAAAAUGGAUCUUAAAGAAGCGUUACCAACAGUAAAAAUUAGCCAAACAUUGGGUCUACAUCAACUACCACAUAAACAAUGGCAUGUACAAUCAUCAAAUGCAUUGACCGGUGAUGGCGUACAGGAAGGUAUUGAUUGGUUAUUGGUACAAUUGGCUAACAAUAAGAAACUUCACAAUUCAAACAGCAACAACAACAACAACAACAACAACAACUAUAAUCAAUCAUUGAAGCAACAACCGUUGAAAUAAUGAUAAAAUCUGAUGACUAAAUUAUUCCGAUCGAUUAGUAGUGAAUAUUCUUCAAUUUUUUCUCUCCCAUUCAUUUUUUAUUCUAAGCUGAUCAAUAAG